CAACGGCCCGGCAGGACGCGACACCCUGGACAUCCCGUUACUGGACGCUCUCCGCAUCCAGGACACCUGGAGCACCCAGAGGCGGCACCUCAGCUGCAUCCAGGACUGGCCGGGGGUGCAGCUCUACACCGAGACUGGUAGGCUGACUAAAGGUGGGGUCAGCCUGCCAGUUUAUCGCUGCGCGAGAGGCUCCACGUCUGACACGGACAGAUCUGAGCCAUCUGGUCUGCCCCCCCCCAGAAGAGGUUGUCCGUCCCGGUAUUUCGCAGACAUCAGCAUCUCUCCUCAGACUCUGAGGAAGAGGUCCAGGGUCCUGAUGGUCAGCCAGGAUAUCAACACAUCAGCAGGGUAGACCGAUUGUUGCACUAUGGGAACGCCUCCCAGAGUCUGACAAGCAGCGGGUCGUCUACCCUGACAGGCACCGGGACAGACAGCCCAAAGGGCGUUUCAAGGCAGCGAUGGGGAAGAGCACUUCCUGUCCUGGGAAGGAGUCUCUCCAACGCUGCCUUUUGGGAUUGAACGCCGGCCCUGCAAACUGGCCUGACGCCAGCCGCCUGGUGGAAGCCAUUUGCAGCCAGCUCUGCCGGCUUUACCCGUCAGCAACAAGAACCAGGGGGGUUCUGAAGACCCGUUGGUCCCUGGUCUUGGGGGACUACGUGGCCAUCAGGGAGGCGGUCCUCGGGAGCCCCAGGCUGAUGGCUCAGAACGGUCUUCAGCUGAACCAGAGGACCCUGUCACAGUGGUUCUCCAGCAGGCAGAAGAAGUGGGAGAGGGCUGUGCUGGAGCAGGAAGUCAGACUCCUUCCUGCUGCUCCAGCUGUCUCCCUGCAGCCUGUGCUUGAAGCUAAAGGGCUGUCCUUGGUUCAGGUGGGACAGGGACAGCCCUUCGACUACGGGACGCCAGAGGAGAAGCUCUCUCUCCCAUUAAUGAGACCUGCCCCUCCUGCUCAGCCGCUCCAGCUGGGUAGUGAGGAUCCAGCACCAUCUCCACCACCACCACCGCCUCCUCUACCUCCUCCUGGUGAGCGUGUGCCCAGGACGACCGCCUUCAGGAGGAGGAAAGCAGCAGAAGCAGCAGCUGCUGCACCAGAGGACCCUCCUGCAACAAAAGUCUGCCGGCAGACUGUACAGUACACCUGCACAAAGUGUGGUCAGCCAAAAAGGCUGGACACUGGCCUCACCAGAAUUUUUGGUGUGUCAUACUGUGCAGCUGUCGGCAGGAAAACUGUGCAGGAAUAGACUAAA